AUGGGACCGGGUCGAGUUACCGCAGCAGGAGCCCAAGCGGCAGAGACUCUUGCCAGUCAGAAGAAGCAGAGCAGGGAAAAGAAGACCCAGGAUGCUGUGCCAUCCCACUGCAACUGGACCAAGUCUCUCUUGGGCUUUGAAAGUGCUGAUCUUUCCAGCUGGCAUGGCUUUGUCUGCUUGAUGAACAGGCCUACUGAUCCUGCAGCCUUGGGGGUCUUCCGUUUCCUCUUUGGGCUGCUGAUGGCCUUGGACAUUCCACAGGAGCGGGGCUUGAGCUACUUGGACCACAAAUACCUGGAUGGGCUGCAGGUGUGUCGCUUCCCCCUCUUCAACUUCCUGGAGCCACUGCCACUGGACUGGAUGUAUGUGGUCUAUGUGGUUAUGCUGCUGGGUGCCUUGGGGAUCAUGUUGGGCUGCUUCUACCGCCUCAGCUGCCUGCUCUUCCUGCUGCCGUACUGGUAUAUCUUCUUCCUGGACAAAACAAUCUGGAACAACCAUUCCUAUCUGUAUGGACUGAUCGGCUUCCAGCUUACAUUCAUGAAUGCAAACCGUUACUGGUCCAUUGACGGCUUCUGGAAUCCACGGAAGAGAAAUGCUCAUGUGCCCCUGUGGAACUACACAAUGCUGCGCUUCCAGAUCUUCAUUGUUUACUUCAUUGCGGGCAUCAAGAAGCUGGAUGCUGAUUGGGUGGAAGGCUACUCCAUGGGCUCUCUGGCAAAGCACUGGCUCUUCAGCCCAUUCAGGUUGGUGCUUUCCGAGGAGAUGACCAGCCUACUGGUAGUGCACGGUGGGGGCUUGAUGCUGGAUCUGACAGCUGGCUUCCUGCUCUUUUUUGAUGCCAGCCGCCCUUUUGCUCUCUUCUUUGUCUCCUACUUCCAUUGUAUGAACUCCCAGCUUUUUAGCAUUGGGAUGUUUUCCUAUACUAUGCUGGCCACCAGCCCCCUCUUCUGCUACCCUGACUGGCCACGUCGCCUGACUGCCAAGCUCCCAGUCUUCUUGCAAAAGUUCCUGCCCUCAACAGAUCCUCCACAGCCCAGCCAGGAGUGUGUGUACAGAGAAGCAGGGCAGCAGAGAUUGGGCAGAACAACUCGGAAAGUGGGGCUGCGGCAUAAGCUUGGAGCCAUCUUUACGGUGUUGUAUGUGGUGGAGCAGUUCUUCCUGCCUUACUCACAUUGCAUCACCCAGGGUUAUAACAACUGGACCAACGGACUUUAUGGCUACUCGUGGGACAUGAUGGUCCAUUCGCGCUCCCACCAACACGUGAAGAUUACAUACCGGGAUGGUCUCACCGGGGACCUUGGUUAUCUGAACCCUGGGGUGUUCACUCAGAGUCGGCGCUGGAAGGACCAUGCAGAUAUGCUGAAACAGUAUGCCACCUGUCUCAGUCACUUGUUGCAAAACUACAACAUUUCGCAGCCAGAGAUCUACUUUGACAUCUGGGUGUCCAUCAAUGACCGCUUCCAGCAGAGACUCUUUGACCCAAAUGUGGACAUUGUGCGGGCUGAGUGGUCACCCUUCAAAAAGACGCCAUGGCUGAAGCCUCUUAUGGUUGACUUGUCACCCUGGCGGACAAAGCUGCAGGAGAUUGAGAAGUCACUGGACAACCAGACUGAGGUGGUCUUCAUUGCAGACUUCCCAGGUCUGCACCUUGAAAACUUUGUCAGCGAGGACCUCGGCAACACCAGCCUCCAUUUGCUGAAAGGGGAAGUGGCUGUGGAGAUUGUCAAUAAGCAGACAAAUUAUACGCUGCAGGAAGGAGACAGAAUACAGCUGCCAGCUGGUGAAUACCAUAAAGUUUUCACCGUGUCCCAAGAGCCCUCGUGCUACAUGUACAUCUAUGUCAACACCACCGAAGCAGCCCUUGAGCAGAAAUUCACUGAGCUUCAGGAACUGCGGGAGAAGGUGCAGAAUGGGAGUGAAACAGAACCUCUUCCCCCAGAGCUGCAGCCCAUCUUAGGCAGCUCCCUGGAGAACGUGACCCAGACAGACCCAGUUGUCGAGGCUUUCCUUCGGCGGGAGCGGCGGAUGGAGGAGCUGCAGAAGCGACGCAAUGCCACACUAGGAGAACGUUUCCACCGUUUCACCACCAAGAAGUAUUUCAUCUUCCGCAGGAGCCUUCUGAUGACCUGGAUCUCCCUACGGAACUUAGUCUUGGGGCGCCCAUCCCUGGACCAGCUAGCACAAGAGGUGGCCUAUGCCAAUAUGCAAUAUGACAUGGACUCUACGGCAAGCAGCCGGGACACAUCCCCAAAAGAGCCAGAGCGUUCUGAACUAUGAACUACCUCAGCCAGCCUCCUGGGCUCAUUGCACAGUGGAGCCAAGUUAAACUCUGCACGCACGCUGAGGAGUUGCUGCCUUGUUGGUGCUGUGGCCAUCUUGUUCUGGACCUGGAAAAAGGCUUCAGCCUCUCUGGAUUCCUGUUUCUCAAUGGACAGCCUGCAGAUUCAAACUGGACUUCUGAACCACUGCCAGUUGUUGUCCUGCUGCUCUGACUUCUGUGCUUGUGGUUUAGGUGCACAUUUGUACGAUGUCCAGAGGUGCAGAGUAGGGUGCAACCGAACAGGGCUGGGGGUAACAUUGCUCUCACAAUAGCAGCAGGUAGGCUCCAGGGGCAUUUUGGGGGUGGGUGUUGCUCCCCUUUUCACAAUACCCAUGCUGCUUUGUUGGGUUACUCUAGAGCCAGGCUGAUAGUUAUGGGAGUGGGAUCUUGUUGGCAAAAGGAAGGGGGGUGUAAGGAUCUGCAGGGGCUGGCUUGGACUGCCACUUAGGAGGAACAAAGAAGGGCUGAACAAAAGGAUCAGGGAGGAGCCAAAGGCCUAGAGGUUUCUCCCAGAAGCAUUUCCUCCCAUUGGGCUUGGCCACCGUGAAGCACUUCCUGUUAUCUCCAGAGGCAAUGGGCAGAGGAGUGGUGUGGAAUGGCCGUCCUUUAUGGUAGAAGGGGCCAUGGUGAAACCAUCCAGCCUAGCAUUGUCUACUCUUGAGUGGAAGCAGCAGCUGCUGACUUUCCUGGUAUCAUCACUACUUUUAGCUGGAGAUGCCAGGGGUUGAACUGGAGGGAUUCUUUACUGGCAAAGCAUAUCCCCCUCUUCCCUUGGAGCCACAACCUGUCUCCCAAAGGCACACCCCCCCCCCGCCAUCUUCAUGUAACUGAGAAAGAGCUGGCAGCCUUCUGAACUGUGAGCCAAGUAUCGGACCCUUGGCUCGGGCACAGUAGCCAUUUUUGGCUUGGAACUUUUGCUAAGAUCCAAAGGACCAAGUUUUUAAAUUAAAGUAUUGAACAAAAGCGUGUGUU